AUGGGAAUAGAGGGAGCUGUAUUUGAAUCCUCGCAGGAGUUCUUUGUUUCUAUGAUCACACUCGUUUUUGAAUAAAAGAGAAAGAAAAGUAUACGAGCUUCUUAAGGGUUUUAAAGGUUGUAUUUUAUGGUCGUUGCCAUGGACAGCCGUGUUGUUCACCGCAAUGCUGAGAACCCGGCACCAGUUGGUGGUAAGCCUGGAGCUGUUGAUGUUGGCAUGAGGAGGGCUGUCCUGAGUGAACUGUCCAAUUUUGCAGUCAAACCUGUAAAGACAAUGAAGGGCAAUAAGUCGGCAGCUCAGCCAGCUGUUGUGCAGCCCAAGUGUGUUCCAGUUGUCCCAGAGGUCAUCCCUCCUGCUCCAGUCAUUCUGCCAGUUCAGGCUGAUGUCUCCAUGAAAGUGGAAGAUGACCUGUGCCAGGCCUUUUCUGAUGCACUCUGUCCCAUUGAGGACAUUGAUAGGGGCGAUGCAGACAUCCCACAGCUGUGCUCUGAAUAUGUUAAGGAUAUCUAUGUGUACCUCCGUAGCCUUGAGGUCCAACAGGCAAUCCGACCAAGGUACAUGGAAGGUUAUGAGAUCAACGAGCGCAUGCGUGCUCUUCUGAUAGACUGGCUCAUUCAAGUGCACUCGCGGUUCCAGCUGCUCCAGGAAACUUUGUACAUGACUGUGGCCAUCCUUGAUCGCUUUCUUCAGGUACAACCAGUAUCACGACGGAAGCUCCAACUGGUGGGAGUCACUGCAAUGUUGCUUGCCUCGAAGUAUGAAGAAAUGUAUGUCCCAGAGGUUGGAGACUUUGCUUACAUCACGGACAAUGCCUUCACAAAACCCCAGAUUCGGGAAAUGGAGAUGCUGAUUCUCCGAGAGCUGAACUUUGAGCUUGGACGCCCGUUGCCCCUUCACUUCCUCAGGAGGGCUUCAAAAGCUGGAAAUGCUGAUGCAGAGAAACACACCCUUGCGAAAUAUCUUCUCGAGCUGACCCUGUUGGACUAUGACAUGGUUCAUUACCAUCCAUCGGAAAUGGGUGCAGCUGCCCUGUGCCUCUCUCAGCUUGUGCUCGAUGGACAGAAAUGGUCUCCAACACAAGAAUACUACACCACUUACAGUGAGGCCCACUUGAAGCCCAUAAUGAAGCACAUGGCCAAAAACGUGGUCAAGAUUAAUGAGGGACUCACUAAAUAUGUGGCUGUGAAGAAAAAGUACUCUAGCAGCAGGCUAAUGAAGGUUAGCCUGCUUCCUCAGCUGAAGUCUGCGCUGUUGAAGGACCUUGCUGCCCCUCUGCUCACCUGAGUGCUUCACCAAGACUCAAUACUGCCAAUCUGCACUUUAUUACUGAUCAGCCGUUGGAAAGGACUGCUGCUUUAAGGAUUCUAAUCUGUAUAUGUGCAAAUAAAUGGGAUCUUAAUUUUUUUUUUUUAAUGAAUAUGUACCACUUGCAAUUCAAUCUGAUGCUUUUAAGUAUUUUUACUAUUGCCUUUUGAUUUUUAAGAUGUUUGAGUGGAGGUUUUUUUUUUUUUUCUUGAGUUGUUAG